UAUCAUCGAUCUGUCAAACGCAUUAAAACAUUACGUUGAUUACUGAUGAUGGUCUAUAUUUCUCAUUCCUGUUAUCACAAUAAAUACAACUAGUUAGUGACCAGCUAUAUUGAUAAGAUAACAGCAGUACCAGGAAAGUCAAAUCAAUCAAAAAUUUACACUGUGGAAACAAUGAAAUAACGAAAGAAAGCAGUACUGCAAAGCUAAGACAGAUUUUUUUUCGCUUUGAGACAAACAUAUUCGACCAUUAUUACCCCAUUGGGAAUCGUAGCAUAUGGCAAUGGAACCAGUCGCAGUGAACCCCAAAGAUCUGGCGCUGCUCAAGGAACGCAUGAAAAUCAUUGCCGAUGCUGAUCCGAAGCAGUAUCACAACGAGUUUUCGCUAAAGCGUUAUCUACGGGCUUUCAAAACCGUGGAUGCUUCGUUUCAGGCAAUCCUCAAAACGAACAAGUGGCGCGAAGAGUACGGUGUAGACCGAUUGGCCGACAGCCCGGCAAUUCAGGCCAACGCCAAUAAGGCACGGGUUCUGAAGCAUCGGGACUGUAUCGGACGGCCCGUUAUUUAUAUUCCUGCGAAGAACCAUUCGUCCGAGCGGGACAUAGAUGAGCUGACCAAAUUCAUCGUGCACUGUCUGGACGAGGCUUGCAAGCGUUGUUUCGAAGAGGUCACCGAUAAUCUGUGCAUCGUGUUCGAUCUAGCCAAUUUCAGCACCGCCUGCAUGGAUUAUCAACUGAUCAAGAACUUGAUAUGGCUUUUGAGCAAGCACUUUCCGGAGCGGUUGGGAGCAUGUCUCAUUCUGAACGCUCCGAUGGUGUUCUCUACUAUUUGGCCAGUGAUUCGGGCUUGGCUGGACGAGAACACCUCCAGCAAGGUUUUCUUCGUUACUGGCGAAGAUGAUCUGUGCAAGUACAUUAUUCCGGACAUUUUGCCAACGGAUAUGUAAGAAGCGAAAAAAAAAUUCUUUUCGAUUGCCGGCAAUACAAGGUAUCGUUUCAUGGAGGACUGCAAGCCUCCACACUAACAUAAACAGACAGUAUAUUGUUUCCGACCGAGAGGUAUAUUUUUGGCACUGUGCAACAACUGUAAGACAUUAUGAGGCGUACUAGAGAAAUUAGUAGAAAUUAUAUAGUCUAAAAUGUCCGGAUCUAAACUGUCCCGUUGUCUGAUCAGGCAUAGAACUUAACAUAGUGCAAUUAAUUGAGCGACUAUAUUUACACCAUUAAUCUCCCUAUCGGAAUCUAGACUAUUUUGUAGGGCAGCACCGAGAUUGUACUGAUUCGCAAAACAAACUGAGGGCCUCCUACCAUUUUCAAGGGUUUAUGGGAAAACAAUAAUGGUGUGUUUGUGAUCCCUCGUUUAAACCAGAUAAAAAAGUAUCCGUUCCGUACUAAUAAAUAGACCAUAGGCCCGAAAAUACUUACCUACGUAGAGGAAAGCUAACGUGACUGUGUUGGAGAUCUCUAAAAUACGUGGUUGUAUGAAAUCAUAAAAGUGAAUAUACGUUUGUAACCGCAUAUUAAAA